CGCAUUCUUACAACACUACACUUCAACUUCCAAGUUUCAGAAUCGUAUAAUGAAUCUCAACACCACUCUUGAUUCCGAUUUAGCUCUUCUAGAAUCUAUUCGACAACAUCUCCUUAACGAUACCGAUGAUUUCACUGCUCUAACGGAGGUUUUCGCCACAGCUAACGGCGCUGAAUCAACGUCCACACUUCAUGAUAACGUCGUCGACUCUCCGUUAGAACGGACGACACCGGUUAAUUGUGGGGCUGCGGCGGCGCGUGAGAGCCACGCGCCUCAGUGUUGUCAAAGCUACAAGGGAGUGAGGCGGAGGCCGUGGGGAAAGUUCGCGGCGGAAAUUAGGGAUCCGAAGAAGAACGGCGCGAGGGUUUGGCUCGGGACAUUUGAGUCGGCUGAGGAUGCGGCUUUGGCUUAUGAUCAAGCUGCUUUCAGAAUGCGCGGCUCCAAAGCUAAGCUGAAUUUUCCCCAUUUGAUUGGCUGCGAUGUUGCUGAGCCGCAGAAAUUGGUGGCUAAGCGGGGUUUGAGUGAGCCGAGUUCAGUGCGGCUGGGCUUGGAGCCGAAGACGAAGAUGAGCCGAGCCAGCAUCAUUGACACGUCAGAGAAGUGGGAUAUGGAGGAGUGA